CGGCUAUCGCGAUAGGAGGAGGCGCGCCGGGUUGUUUUCCUUCUGGCCGUGGAUCCUGAGGGAUUUGGGAGGCCGGGGGAAGAGCCCUGAAGGAUUUUUUUUUUUUUUUUUUGGGGGGUGGUUAAAAACUGUCGGCGAUGUAGGGGAGCCCCCGCUGGAGAGCGCACGCUCAAUGGAUAAAUAAGUAAUUAAAUAAAUAGAUUAAUAAAUAAAUAAUCAAACAAACAAAAUCAAUCAGGCCGGCGGUUUGGGUUUGUUGUUUUGUUUGGGUUUUUUUUUUUUUUUUUUUUUUUUUUUUUUUUUUUAUCCACCGCUGUGGGCAGAUCCAGGUGGGAAUUCAUGGAGCACUUCCCGGGAGCGGCGGGGAUGGGGGGAAGCGUCCCGGUCCCUCCCUGUCACCCCCGGUGUCCCCCCGCCCGCAGGGGACUGAGACCCGCGGGGGGGCGAUUUUGGUCACCCGUCUGUCCUUCCUUCCUUCCUUUCCUUCCUUCCUCUUUCCCUCCUUUCCUGCUUUUCCCCGCUCCCGGCAGCUCCGGCUGCGGCGCUGCCCCGACGGAGCGCACCGGGAUCCGCACCGGGACCGCACCGGGAUCCGCACCGGGACCGCACCGGGAUCGUGAAGGGAUCUACAGCGGGAUCAGGACCGGGACGGCACCGGGAUCCUCACCGGGACCGCAUCGGGAUCAGGACCGGGACCAGGAACGGGAUCCGCGCCGCGAUUCGCACCGGGACCGCACCGGGACCGCACCGGGAUCACACCGGGAUCGCACCGGGAUCCACACCGGGACCGCACCGGGACCGCACCGGGACCGCACCGGGAUCCACACCGGCACCGGGACCCGCUCAGGGCCGGUCCCCGCUCUGCCCGCCCCUUUCCCUGCUCUCCCCGCUCCCUCCAGUCCCGGUUUUCCUGCCGGGAAGAGCCGCGUCCCGUCCUGCCGGGGAGGCAGAGCCGCGGGGCCCGCUCGCCGCGGGGAGUGAAGUAUGCUGGGAGCGGUGAAAAUGGAAGGCCAUGAGCACACGGACUGGAGCAACUACUACGGGGAGCCCGAGGGCUACUCCUCGGUGAGCAACAUGAACGCGGGGCUGGGCAUGAACAGCAUGAACACCUACAUGACCAUGUCGGCCAUGAGCAGCACGGCCAACAUGACGGCGGCCACCUCCAUGAACAUGUCCUACGCCAACACGGGCAUGAGCCCCUCGCUGGCCGGCAUGUCCCCCGGCGCCGGGGCGAUGCCGGCCAUGGGCUCGGGCAUGGGGGCCCACCUGAGCCCCAGCAUGAGCCCCAUGGGCGGCCAGGCGGGCUCCAUGAACGCGCUGGCUCCUUACUCCAACAUGAGCUCCAUGAGCCCCAUCUACGGCCAGUCCAACCUGAACCGCUCGCGGGACCCCAAAACCUACCGGCGCAGCUACACGCACGCCAAGCCGCCCUACUCCUACAUCUCCCUCAUCACCAUGGCCAUCCAGCAGUCCCCCAACAAGAUGCUGACCCUCAGCGAGAUCUACCAGUGGAUCAUGGACCUGUUCCCCUUCUACCGCCAGAACCAGCAGCGCUGGCAGAACAGCAUCCGCCACUCGCUGUCCUUCAACGAUUGCUUCCUCAAGGUGCCGCGCUCGCCGGACAAGCCGGGCAAGGGCUCCUUCUGGACGCUGCACCCGGACUCGGGGAACAUGUUCGAGAACGGCUGCUACCUGCGCCGCCAGAAGCGCUUCAAGUGCGAGAAGCAGCUGGCGGCCAAGGACGGCGGCGCCAAGAAAGGCCAGGCCGGCAACCAGCCGCUGGGCGAGGGCAGCUCCUCGGGGGGCUCCGAGGGCUCUGCCGGCGGCGAGUCGCCCGCCAGCUCCUCGCCGUGCCAGGACCACAAGCGGGCCCUGGCUGACCUCAAAGGGCUGAGCCCCGGCGAGCCGUCGGCCUCGCCCGGGCAGCAGCAGCAGCAGCAGCAGCAGCAGCAGCACCUGCUGGCCCCGCCGCACGCCGGGCUGGCCCACGAGGGCCAUCUCAAGCCCGAGCACCACUACGCCUUCAACCACCCGUUCUCCAUCAACAACCUGAUGUCGUCCUCGGAGCAGCAGCAGCACCACCAGCAGCAGCACCACCAGCACCACCAGCACCACCACCCGCACAAAAUGGACCUGAAGGCGUACGAGCAGGUGAUGCACUACUCGGGUUACGCCUCGCCCGUGCCCGCGGGCUUGGCCAUGAACAAAAGCGCCCUGGAGGCUUCGCCUUUGGCCGGAGAGACUUCCUACUACCAAGGCGUCUAUUCCCGGCCCAUCAUGAACUCGUCCUAAGCGGGAAAACGCUCCUGGAAAAAACAAACAAAAAAAAAAAAAAAAAAAAGGGGGAAAGAUUUCUCCCCUCCCUUCUCCUCCCCAUGCCCCUCGCAGUGGACUCUGAGCACGGUACAUAUCCAUAUAUAUAUAUAUAUAUAUCUAUAUAUAUAUCUAUUUUUUUUUUUUCUGUUGGCUCCAGAUGUUUGCAUCCAUUCGGGAAUCUGCAGCCCGUGGUGGGGGGGAGGCUCUGUGUGGGGUGGGAACGAGGUGGGGGGCUUGUUUUGAUUUUAUUUUAUUUUUUUUUCUUUCGUUGUCGUUGUCGCCACGAGGUCUAAAUAUAUCUAUUUUUUUUUUUUUUUGGUGUGCGAGUAAGGGGGCUGAAAAAUAAUCCCCCCACCCGAGGCAAAACCAACCCCUCCCUCCUUGUGAAUAUUCCGAGUUCGGAAACCGAGGACCAAAAGUCUUGUAACGUUGUAAAGAUUAAAAAAAAAAAAAAAAAAAAAAAAAGAAUGAAAAGAAAAAAAAAAAAAAAAAAAAAAGAAGGGAGGGGGAAAAAAUGGGGGAAAGAAAAAAAAAAGAAAAAAAAGAAAAAAAAAAAGAGAAAAAACCAGAAAAAUAAGAAUUUAGAAAAAAAAAAAAAAGGGCAGGAUAGAUCGUUGUAAUUGAAGCAAACGCUUGAUGUUCCCGGGAGAGUAAACUACUUGGAUCUGAUUAAUUUAUCGUUUCUGUAUGCUUUAUUUAUGGCUUGGAGCUGUGUAUUCCGGUAGCGAGCGGCCGCCGCUGCCGCAGAACUCCAUUAAAGUCGUAUUGGCGGUG